AUGACCGUGACGUAUUUUACCAACAUAGCACAAUACAACAACAUCAUUAAGCAGCUGCGCCAAACACUCACCUUCGUUGAGUUCUCAGCCACCUGGUGCCCGCCUUGCCGCUUCGUGGGACCCUACUACGAUAAGUACUCUGACGAAUACGAAAAGGCACUUUUCUACAAGAUCCAGAGCGGAGACGAGCCCGAUCUGGAAAAAGAUGAGGUUUCUGAAGAAGCUGGGAUCACGUCGAUCCCCACGUUCAUUGCGUUCAAGGGAGACGAGUUGGAAAGACGCUCUAGUGGAGACCCCCAUGAGCUCCAGGCGUUUAUCGAGAGGCACUACCGCGGGCAAUGA